UAACAACACAAAACUAUUUUUUGCAAAACUACGCUUUAAACAGUUUAGUACUAUUGUAGAUUAAAAAGUAAAUUCAUUAGAUUUUAUUAGUUUAAGAUUAUCUUUGUUUAUUGUUUGUUCCACUUCUAAAUACAAUGAGUUUGUGGGCAGAUAAGUAUAGGCCCAAUAAUUUACAUAAAGUUGACUAUCACAAAGAUCAAGCUCAACAUCUAGUAAAUCUUGUAAAUCAAGGUGAUUUUCCACAUUUACUGUUUUAUGGACCAAAUGGAGCUGGGAAAAAAACUCGAAUUUUAGCAUUGUUACGACAACUAUAUGGUCCUGGUGUUGAAAAAUUACGUACAGAACAUAUGAAUUUCAUGACUCCUUCAAAUAAAAAGUUUGAAAUAAUGACUGUAGCCAGCAAUUAUCAUAUAGAAGUUAAUGCUAGUGAUGCUGGAAUGUAUGACCGUAUUGUAGUUAUGGAACUUAUUAAAAAUGUCGCACAAACUCAUCAAUUAGAUUCUACUAAACAGCGACACUUCAAAGUGAUUUUAUUGACUGAAGUAGACCAACUUACCAAAGAAGCUCAACAAGCAUUGCGACGUACUAUGGAAAAAUAUAUGACCACAUGUCGUAUAAUUUUGUGUGCUAAUUCCAUUGCUCAAGUAAUUCCUGCCAUAAGGAGCAGAUGUUUAGCUGUACGUGUACCAGCUCCAACUCAAGAAGAUAUUAGUUCAAUUUUAAAAACCAUUUGCAAAAAAGAAGGAUUAAAUUUACCUGAUGAGUUGGCUUUAACUGUAUCACAAAACUGUGAACGCAACUUAAGACGAGGAAUACUAAUGUUAGAAGCUAGUAAAGUCAAACAGUAUCCAUUUGAUGUACUACAAAGUGUUGUUGUUCCAGAUUGGCAACUUUUUAUUAAUGAUACAGCCAAACAGAUAUUAAGUCAGCAAACUCCUGGAAAAUUGCUUGAAGUUCGAUCUAUGCUUUAUGAAUUAAUUAUUCAUGGCAUUCCAAAUAAUGUUAUUUUUAAAUUUUUACUGAAAGAAUUGGUGAAAAACUGUGACAUGUCAUUAAAACAUGAUAUAGUUGAAAUGGCUUCGUUUUAUGAACAUAAUUUGUUAAAAGGUAAUAAAGCAGUGUUCCAUUUGGAGGCUUUUGUAGCAAAAUUUAUGUUACUUUACUCGAAAUUUAUGGAAGAAUCAUUAAAUGGUAUAUUUUAAUUUGUACAUUUUGAAUAUUAAUCUAAACAUGAGCUGACCCACUGAAUAUAUUGAAUGAAUAAUACAUUCUA